CAGUUUACUACAAAAUUUGGUGUAAUGUUCAAGCCCAGAAAUGCCUUAUGUGGAUCGUCAGAAUCGCAUCUGUGGUUUUCUAGAUAUUGAAGAAAAUGAAAACAGCGGGAAAUUUCUUCGAAGGUAUUUUAUACUGGAUACCAGAGAAGAUAGUUUUGUAUGGUACAUGGAUAAUCCACAGAACCUGCCUUCUGGAUCAUCACGUGUUGGAGCCAUUAAACUUACCUACAUUUCAAAGGUUAGUGAUGCAACCAAAUUAAGGCCAAAGGCUGAAUUCUGUUUUGUGAUGAAUGCAGGAAUGAGGAAAUACUUCUUACAAGCCAAUGAUCAACAGGACUUAGUAGAAUGGGUAAAUGUGUUGAACAAAGCUAUAAAAAUUACAGUACCAAAGCAAUCAGACUCACAGCCUAAUUCUGAUAACCUAAGCCGCCAAGGUGAAUGCGGAAAGAAGCAAGUGUCUUAUAGAACAGAUAUUGUUGGUGGUGUACCCAUUAUUACUCCAACUCAGAAAGAAGAAGUAAGUGAAUGUGGUGAAAGUAUUGAGAGAAAUAAUUUGAAGCGGUCACAAAGCCAUCUUCCUUACUUUGCUCCUAAGCCACCUCCAGAUAGUGCAAUUAUCAAAGCUGGAUAUUGUGUAAAACAAGGAGCAGUGAUGAAAAACUGGAAGAGAAGAUAUUUUCAGUUGGAUGAAAACUCAAUAGGCUACUUCAAAUCUGAACUGGAAAAGGAACCUCUUCGUGUAAUACCACUUAAAGAGGUUCAUAAAGUCCAGGAAUGUAAGCAGAGUGACAUAAUGAUGAGGGACAACCUUUUUGAAAUUGUAACAACAUCACGAACUUUCUAUGUGCAGGCGGAUAGUCCUGAAGAGAUGCACAGUUGGAUUAAGGCAGUCUCUGGCGCCAUUGUAGCACAGCGGGGACCCGGCAGAUCAGCGUCUUCUGAGCAUUCCAACUGUUCUUCAGAAUCCAAAUACGCUUUCCGUCCUGCCAGCACAGCAGCCGCCACCUCACAUUCCACAGCCUCUCGCAGCAACUCUCUGGUCUCAAGCUUUACCAUGGAGAAGCGAGGAUUUUACGAAUCUAUUGCCAAGGUCAAGCCAGGGAACUUCAAGGUCCAGACUGUCUCUCCAAGAGAACCAGCUUCCAAAGUGACUGAACAAGCUCUGCUGAAACCUCAAAGUAAAAAUGGCCCUCAGGAAAAAGAUUGUGACCCAGUGGACUUGGACGAUGCGAGCCUUCCUGUCAGUGACGUGUAAGAUGGAAGCAUGCAGAGCCUGCCCCACCUCAUCCAUCCCUCUGUUUCCUUUCAUGAGGCUUCUAGCCAAAGAUGAUAAAGGGUGAAAUGGUUUUUAAGGCAUAUAUUAUACUGCCUCUUAGAUGUACUCUUUAUAAGCUGGUAAACCAAGAAUCUAGGGAGUGGCCAAACUAAAUAGAAUUUCUUUAAAAAAAAAAAUGAGAAAGAAAAAAACCUAAGUGUCUCAGUAUCAACAGUCUGAACUUUUGUGUAUUCUCAUUUGAUGGUAAAAAUGUGUGUGCUUGUGUGUGUGUGUGUGUGUGUGUGUGUAUGUAAGUGUGGUUUUUUUUUCCUAGUGACUUUGACAGUUUAAAUGUUUUAACAACUUAAAACAUUAAAAAUGCUUAUUAAUUAUUUUGAUUGUUUUAAAAAUGCUACUAGACUUCCUAUUAAAUGUUCAAUAUUUACACAUUCUUAUUGGUUAAUAUUCUCAAGUGAAAUAUUGCCAGAUUAAGAUACCUAAACUCAUGAUGUCUGUGGUGCUUUAAAAUUUAUACUACAAUGUGGACUCUUUUUAAAUUGUAACAAUUUUUGAUGCCCUGGAUCUCAAGGUGAGUGUCAAGUUAUGUGUAGAAGAUAGAUACUGUUAGGCCAUUGGUGAGCAUUGUCAGCUGUAGUGGAGUAGAGAAAAGGGGGAAGUUAGAAUUCAGACAGCUGUGUCUUAGACAUUUGUUUGAGAAAGCUUAGAGAAAGCUUAAUCAGGACCUGGAGCAGUCAGUGCUUUUUAUUCAGAGAAAAUUAUUUGGUAGGAAAUUUUGGAGGGAUCUGAUUUUCUUAUCAGAGUUUUAUAAAUCUUAUUUCUAUAUUUGAAUCAGUGAAAGACCUCAAAUUUAUAUGUAAAGACAUAACUGCCCUCAGUCAUGAAAUUAUUGUGGCCUCUACUUUUUGUCACUAAUAACCUAUAUUCAAGUGCCUGUGUUUUUUCAUCUUGUUUAGGAAUAUUUUGAGAUGUGCUUGAAAGACCUAUGUAAUUGGUUUUAAACAUUGGGGUAAAAUUAAUUAUCAGUAGCAUAGUUUUAAUGUGUUAAAAUAAGAUAGCAUUUUAUGUUAUAGAUACCAGAAUGCUGGUAUUAUGCAACUUGUGCAAUAUAUAUGUUUUAAACAAAAUUGAAUAUACAUUUAAUCAUGGGAUAUUAUAAAUACAAGCACCUCUCUAAAAAAAUCCUUAAUUUCAGGUGUUGAAUCAUAGACCAGUUUGAGCAAGUACCGUUUUUGCGGUUUAGUCUUAAACGUUUGCUUUAAGAAAAAACAGUCUUGAAUUUCACAUGCUGCUAUUUUUAUAUUUUGCAAUUUUACAGUACUGUUUUGUUUUGAACUCAUAUGUAUCAUGCAUAUUAUUGUUUCUCCUUUUCAUGUUCUAAGAUGACUUCUUAUUAUUGAGAGAGAAGAGAGAGAAAUUUCCUACUACAGUGGUGGGGGUCCAGAGGUUAAGUAUAUUAUACUAGAAUUGUAUAAUACCAGUUUAAAAUCCAUAUACAGAAAAAAUGCACCACUCAACUUUUUUAUUCAUAAGCUAAUAUUUUUAAAAAGUUAUAUUUAGAUUUUUUUCUCUUUUGCAGCUACAUUUGAAAAUGAUAGAAUGAAAAGGUUUAAGUAGUUAUCACUUUUUCAGCUGGUAUAUCCAUUAUAGUGGCUCUUUUGAAAGCUUCUUUUUUCAUGAACAUACCUAAGAAAUCUUGUAUAGACCCUUAGCAAUAUUGAAGAGCCUAAUGGUUUUCUUUGGUACAACUUCCACAUUGCAUGUUCAUUUUAGCAUAUUUUGGUAUUGGCAAUUUGAUAUAUUUCAUGGUGGCAAAAUAUUAGCUCUAUUUUGGGACUUUUUAAUAGAACUACCCUAUUGAGUAGCAUAGGAAACUGUUCUUGUGAUUGUCAGGAUCUCCUAAUAUUUAUCUCAAUUCUUUUAUAAGUCUACGGAAAUUAUUUAAUUAUUUUAACACACUUUUCUUGUAAAUAUGUCACCUCUGAAUUGUCAAAAAAUUACUUUGAAUACCUUAAUAUUUGCUGCAUUUUUUUCUGUAUAUAUAACAUGUCUUCUUUCACAGUGGGAAAAUGUGCGUGCCUCCCAAUGUUUACUGUUACGUCUGUUAUCUUUAUAUGUCAAACUGGUUGAACACUGUAAUGACCUAAGAAUAAACUGCUCAGAAUUAAUUCUAA